UAAUUUUAGGGUGUAGAAGAUUUCUUGGGAAACGAAUUUUACCAUAAUUAAAAUCGACAUCCAAUUAAGAUGCUGUCUAAAUGGAAAGUUUUUAUUUUUAUUUUUAAUGGAAAACUUGGUGGCCAAGUUUCUUGCUCUGUAGUUAUAGAAGGAUUUAGGUGGGGAUAAUGUGAACAUCUCUCGAGUUACGGUUCUCUCUUCUUCGUCUUUGUUUUGUUUCAUUUUAUUGUUUAAAAUUGACCAUGUCUCUCAUUCUCAGCCACUCUCCGAAGAUCUUCAUUCGGAAACCGGUGUUGAUAAGAGCCUCUGCUGGCGGCUCAUCUUCCCCGCUGCAGACCCCUCCUUGUUACAUCAAUGGCGCAAAAUAUGCACCGGAUAAUGUAGAGCUCCGUUUUGCAUAUCCUUCUACAGAUUAUCCUAAACUGAAAAAAAAGGCGCCUGUCGAGUUGGUGUAUAACGAUAUUAAUGAUCCGAUCACCCCAUGGCUGGCUGAGAAAUUUGAAGAAGGCAAUAAGGUUAGUGAUGCAGCAGUAGCAAUCGGGUCCUCUCAUGGCUGGGUAGCCUCUUUGUUGCAUGGCGUUGGCAUUUUGCGUCUCCAUGAUGAUCUAAACCCGGCUGCAUCUGAUGCAAAUCCAAAACGCAUCUCCCUGCCUCCUCUUGUAACUUUGCCUCAUUGCCAAACCCAAAUCAUCACCAACGUGUCCUUGUCCUCACUAUCUCCCGAAGAAGAAGAUUGUGUCGUGGCUGUUAAGUUCAUGGGACCCCAACUCAGCUUCUGCCGACCCUCUGCUCAAGGCGACUCCAAGUGGUUCAACAUCAGGAUCGCAAACCCUAGCUUCUACUCCUCGCGUGUCAUGUUUUCCAAGAAACAUAACAUGUUUCGCAUACCUGGAUCUGGAGGCCAACUCAUUGCAUCAUGGGAUCUCUGCAAAGACAUCAAGCACACACCCAAGUUUCAGGAGUUGCGAUAUCAUUUCCUUCCAGAGCCGACCGAAGCAGAACGUGAGGUUAUGGAUACAUGUCUCACGACCGAACACUUGGUGGAAUCACAAUCCACAGGUGAAACCUUUUUGGUCAGGUGUUUCAGACAGACUGUGUACGGUAAAGCCCUAUUGGAAACAAAAGGUGUAAUGGUGUUCAGAGUAUCCCCCAAGGGAAAUGCAGUGUACACUCAAGACAUUGGAGAUCUCACCAUUUUCAUCUCAAAGGCUGAACCAUUCUGUGUCCGUGCUAGCUCUUUUCCUGGCGUGAGACCUAACCAUGUCUAUAUGUUGGAUGUCAUGGAGAUUGCAUUUUUCAAGCUUGCUGAUUCUUUCAUCACAACUCUUACUGAAAGAAUGAUGGCCCCUUACUUUUUUCCACCUCAAAAUAUAGAAUAUUAAGUUUGGGAUUGAGUUGAGUCUAGAGUCUUGUCUUUUCUUUAAAAGCUUUCUACCAUCAAAAUAAAGUAUGUUUUAGUUUAUGCUCUGUGAGAAUAAUAGAGUUCCAGUUAAAACAAAAUUAAUUCGUAUC